ACCCGCCGGAGAGCCGGUCUCGCUCCCGUGCCCGUACGCCGUGCGCGUCACCUUAUAUACGAGCCGGCCGCCCCACGCCGCGUCGCCGCUCGCAUCCAUCCACCACACGCCCACGCCGGCACAGCCGCACGAGCGGGCCAGCGAGGCCGUUUCGAUCGCGUCCCUCCGUGCGGGAGCGUCCGUUUGCCAGCCAGCGGCCAUGGCGCUGGAGGCCGUGGUGUUCUCCCCGGCGGGCCAUUUCGGCUACGGCCGCGGGGACUCGCCGUACGCGCUGCCCUGGUGCGACAUGGGCGACCUCGGCGCGGGGGAUUACAGCUGGGAUCAGGAGCUGGACGCGUGGGCGGCGCCGGCCGUGUGGGACGACGACUGGGGGGAGGCGGCGUCCGCCAGGGACCACUCCUCGGACGCCUCCUCGGACCGGCAGCAGCAGGGCAAGGAGGCGGCGCCCGAGCCGCCGGCGCCGGCGGUGCGGAGGAAGCGGCGCCGCACCAAGGUCGCCAAGAACAAGGAGGAGAUGGAGACCCAGCGGAUGACCCACAUCGCCGUCGAGCGCAACCGCCGCCGCCAGAUGAACGAGUACCUCGCCGUGCUCCGCUCCCUCAUGCCGCCGUCCUACGCCCACAGGGGUGACCAGGCAUCGAUCGUCGGUGGCGCCAUCAACUACGUGAGGGAGCUGGAGCACCUGCUCCAGUCGCUCGAGGUCCAAAAGAGCAUCAGGAACCGGCGGGGCGGCUCCACGGACGCCGGCGGCAGCUCCUCCCCGCUCGCCGGCUUCUUCAGCUUCCCGCAGUACUCCACCUCGCCGGCUCAUCACGGCUGCAGCAGCUCCACGAGCAACACGGGCAAUAAUGCCGCCAGCAGCGGCGACGUGUCGGCCGAGAGCGGCCGGCCGGCGGCGGUCGCGGACAUCGAGGUGACCAUGGUGGAAGGCCACGCGAGCCUCAAGGUGCUCGCGCGGCGGCGCCCCAAGCAGCUCCUCAAGCUCGUCGCCGGCCUGCACCAGCUGCGCAUCCCGCCGCUGCACCUCAACAUGACCACCGUCGACGCCAUGGUCCUCUACACAUUCAGUCUCAAGGUGGAGGAUGACUCCAAGAUGGGUUCUGUUGAGGACAUCGCCACCGCUGUGGAUGAGAUUCUCGGCAGCAUCCAGCAGCAGGAGGAGGAGACCGCCGCCAUGUGAAACCCUGCACAGGACCUGCAUCUAUCUGCAUGCCCCCUGCACACUGCACUGGCAGUGCCGUCCUGCCAGUGGAAUCCCGUAGCCUGUACUGCAUGUGACCGUGAUUGCACCCUGGGCAGGCACCUGAUGAGCCACACAGGCAGCAAGGAUACAUGUCAAGAAUUUUAGGCUGUAAUCUAAUCACCUAUUCACCUUCACCUAGCUCCUUUAACUUGGAGCGGACUACUUGUAUAUUCAAUUAUUCACAGAUACAAAUUUGCAUGAAGCUAAUAAGCUACCACGAAUGGGUCUGUGGAUCCACGCA